GGCGGGCAAUCUGCACUUUUUUCAAGUUCUCCUUUUGCUGCGCCACUAACUCCAGAUGACCUUCCCAAGGAACUAAGCUGCUUAUUAUUUAAAACUGCAAAGAGCAAUGGAGAGUUUAGGUAAAGACCAUGCUUACUCGGACCCUUCCCUGCCACCCUCUGCACCUCGUGAGGAAUACGCUGUGCCAGAUGUCAUCAUCACACGCCGCUUGAGAGACCGGGAGUUGCUCCGGAAAAGAAAAGCAGAAGCCCAGGAGAAAGACUCAAUUCAGUGGGUUCUGGGGGAGCAGGAGAAGAGCAAACGGCAAAAGAGAGGCAGAGGAGCAGGGAGAGGACGAGGCCGCCAGCCGGUUACGGAGCCCAGUCCGGAGCCCAAUCCAGAGCCAGACCCUCAGCCCGAAGUGCUGGAGGAAACUGAGCACCCACUGACUGAGCCGGCAGCGCCCACGCCAGCGUGUCAAGCCCCGUCGCCCCCACUCACAACUCAGGAGCUCUUUGGUGGGACCCUGCAGGGAGCUGUGGAAAGGGAGUUGGCGGACGGGAGCCAGUAUCCAGAGGGUGAAGAGGCAGUCCUGAAACCAGCUGAAGCAGAAAUUCCGGAGGCUUUGAAUAUUCCUCUGGAAAAUGACCACCAGGAUAAUGAAUACUACACACCAGUUCUAUUUUAAUUUUUUGUUUUGUCUUCUGUCUGAUAAACUCAAGCAUUGUAGAGUGAUUUAGAUCAGCUGUUUCCAUGUGAGUAAUAAAACUCAG